GUCCACUCUUUUCGGUCGAAUUUGUAUUAGCGGGCUACUUAGUUCUCAGCCUAAUCCUUUUGACGAUGGCUCGGGCUGAUAUUGGCAUGAUUGGUCUGGCAGUAAUGGGUCAGAAUCUGGUCCUUAACAUGAACGACCAUGGAUUUACGGUUUCAGUCUAUAAUCGAACUGUUUCCAAAGUUAAAGAAUUUAUUGAAAAUGAAGCUAAGGGAACAAAUAUCAUUGGAACAAUGUCAUUAGAAGAGUUUGUGCAAAGUUUAAAGCGUCCGAGGAAAGCCAUGCUUCUGGUUAAAGCUGGUCAAGCAGUCGAUGACUUUAUUUCGAAACUAGUACCUUUACUUGAGAAAGGUGACAUCAUAAUCGAUGGAGGGAAUUCUGAGUAUAUGGAUACUGACAGACGUUGUUCUGAGUUAGCUAAGCAGGGGAUCCUUUAUGUCGGCACGGGUGUAAGUGGUGGAGAAGAGGGUGCUAGACAUGGACCAAGUCUUAUGCCUGGCGGUAACCCUGAAGCUUGGCCUCACAUCAAACCAAUAUUUCAGGCAAUCGCAGCUAAAGCCAGGUCUGGCGAACCUUGCUGUGACUGGACAGGACCUGCUGGUUCUGGACAUUAUGUAAAAAUGGUCCAUAAUGGGAUUGAAUAUGCUGACAUGCAGUUGAUAGCAGAAGCAUACCAUUUGUUACGGUAUUUGGGCCAUUUUCAAAAUGAUGGAAUAGCACAAGUUUUCAAAGAAUGGAACGAAGGUCCUCUGGAAUCCUACCUCAUUGAAAUAACUAGUCAUAUAUUUAAUUACCGGAAUCCUGACGGUUCCUACCUUAUUGAUCAGAUACUGGAUGCUGCGGGACAAAAGGGUACUGGUAAAUGGACUGCAAUUUGUGGACUUGAUCAUGGUGUUCCUGUGACGCUGAUCGCUGAGGCUGUAUUUUCCCGUCAAUUAUCAUCAAUGAGAACGCUUCGUUCAGAAGCAUGUCGUGUGUUAAAUACAACACCUGACAAACCAUUUUGUUGUUCUAGCCCGGAAAUUGCAAAGAAACUUAUUGAUGACAUUUGGAAAGCACUGUAUGCAUCAAAAAUAGUUUCUUAUGCUCAAGGAUUUAUGCUGUUGCAACAGGCAUAUCAAGCCUUUGGUUGGAAACUGGAUCUUGGUGCGAUAGCUCUUAUGUGGCGUGGUGGGUGCAUCAUACGCAGCAAAUUCCUUGGAAAUAUAAAAGAAGCUUAUGAUAAAAAUCCAAAUCUGAGUAAUUUACUUCUAGAUCCAUUCUUUAAAAAAGUUAUUGAUCAAUGCGAAGUAAGUUGUGCGAAUAAAUAAUUCUCUACUUAUUGGUUGGUUAACGAUUGUGAUAAUUUUUUGUUUUAAUUACAGAAUAUUAAGUGUUAUGUAACUUUUUUGUGUCGUUGUUAAUUCACUUGGUAAACUAUUAAACUACUCCAUCUUAAAGUAAUUUUAAUUAAGCUACAAAUACGUGAUCGAGUUUGUUUUUGCAAUGAAUCAUGAUACAGUCCAUUUGUGUCAUCUUUAACUUAUUUAACCUUUUAAACGUACCAAGAAUAAUAGACGAAAUUGUGAAUAAUUACUGCUUUUUUGAAAGAGAGAGUAACAGUGAUUCCAUUGACAAACCAAAAUUCAAUAAGGAUUUUAAACUAAAUAGUGUAUUAAGAUGGUACUGAUCAUCGUAACAUUGUGAUAACAACCUUGCUCUUGUUUCUCGACUUAUGAGAUAACGUAAGACGAUAUCCAGUUGUUCUAUCAAUCAGGAAAUCCAACUUAUAAUUUUCAUAGGUUUAUUCAAUUCUCCUAUUCAUCCUUAUUUUUCUGGACGCACAGAUUCAGGCAGGUUUAUUGUUGGAUCAUGAUCAUCUCAACGAAAUAAAUAAGCUUUGUGCUUGAACUUGCUGCAGUUUUGUUAGUACGCAGAACAGAUGAGUGAUGUCUCGUGCUAUUCUGAUCUGCUUGAUUCACACUUCUAGCAAUUAUUAUUCAUAUUGUUAUUGUGAUUUGGUUUUUAGGAUGGAUGGCGUAGAGUGGUUUCUCAUGGAGCUUUAAACGCGAUUCCUACACCUGUAUUCAGCUCUGCAUUAUCAUUUUAUGAUGGAAUAAAAUGUCCACAUUUACCUUCUAAUUUAAUACAAGUAAGAUUCGAAUCCUGUUUGACUUUUUUUAUAUUGUCCAUCAAAUAUGAAUUUACCCUCUGUAACAACUUACUUACGCCUAUUACGCCUCAUGGAGGAGCAUAGGCCGUUCACCAGUAUUCUCCAUUCCACUCUUUCAUGGACAGUCCUUUUCGUGUCUGCUUCCGAUUCCUACGGCAUUAUGUUACUUAACCUUUCUCUUUUCCGUUUUCCUUCAGGAUUCCAAGUUAGUGUUUGCCUCGUGAUGUAGUUCAAUGAUUUCCGCAAUGUGUAUCCCAACCACUUCCAAUGUCUUUUCUUAAUUUCCUCAGCUGGUUUGUUCUCUCCCACAGUAAGCUAUUAUUGAUGGCAUGUGACCAAUAUGUAGUGCAGUGUAGUCCGUCGUAUGAAUUCCGGAUGAUGUUGACGAGAUAUGCCAGUGUCGGAGAAGGUUUCAUAACGUUCUCCUAUCCACACUGUCAAAUGCUUUCUUUUAUUCAAGGAACUUGAUGUAUGGUGACGAAUUCCAUUCAAUUGGUUGUUCAAUGAUGAUUCGUAGUAUCGAGAUUUCAUCUGUGCACGACCGAUACUUGCGGAAUCCAGCCUGUUGACAUCGAUGCUGGACGUCUACAGAAUCUUUCAUCCGGUUCAGCGGCACUCUGUUGAAAACUUUUGCUGGUACCGACGGUAGUGUGAUCUCUUUAUAGUUUUCACAUUUGCUCAGAUCUCCUUUCUUUGGUAUGUUGAUGAGAUGUCCGUCUUUCCAGUCUAUCUGUGGCACUUGUUCUUCCUCUCAAAUGUUCCUGAAUAGAACGUGGAGCAUGUUUGCAGUUGUUUCUAUAUUGUCAGGUCGUGAUGCUUUCCCAUUCUUGAUUGAUCUGGUGACCAGCCAUGCUGGUUUAUUCGAUCGUUGGUGGGAUGGCAUCUAUAGGAAAGUCUGUGUGUGCUGCUUCGAUGUCCGAUGGGUCUAAACUAUUCAAGAGUUCCUCAAAGUAUUCUACCCAUCUGUCUUUCUGUCCUCGAAUCUGGGUGAUUGUCUUGCCUUCUUUGUCCUUGAUCGGUCUCUGGUUUACGGUAUUUCCCUGUUAGUUUCGUCGUGUCAUAUAGCUGUCUCAUAUUUCCUUCUCAUGCGGCUUUUUCCGCUGUCGCUGCUGCGUUUUCCACUUUUCGUCUCUAAUGCUCUUCUCCACUUGCUUGUUUGUUUCUGUGUAUUCAGCUUGUUCCUUGACUUUCUCUGUUCUCGUUUAGCUGUUGUUAAUUGCUGUCUUCUUGAUCUUCCUUUCUUGAAUCUUGUCUAGGGUUUCGAUAGAGAUCCAUUCCUUAUGAUGAUGCCUCUUGCGGUUCAGCACCUCCCGACACGUUGAAGUUAAUGCUUCUUUGAUCCAUUUCCAUUUGUCCUCCAUAGUAACUUUUUCUUCUUUAGAUGUAAGUCUUGGAAUCUGUUGUUGAGAGCUAUCUUGAACGGGUUGAGUUUGUCAGCAUGUCGAAGGAAGGCUGUAUUGAACCUUUGUAGUGCUGUUUGUCCAGCUGUCGAAUCCUUCUUUAGCUUCAGUUUCAUCUUGAUCACAACUAGGUGGUGAUAUGUGAGCUCCUCUCUUUGUUUUCACGUCUUCCAUUGUCCUGAAUUUUUUACUGAUUCAAAUAUGAUCUAUCUGGUUCUCAGUGGUGUGAUCCGAUGAGACCCAUGUAGCUUUGUGUGGGAAUAUCGUGCCGCCUAUAACUAAUUUGUUGAAUGCACAUAGGUUUACAAAUCUCUACCCAUCCUCGUUUCUCUCUUCCAGUUCAUGUCGUCCCAUUAUAUCUUCAUAUCCGGUGUUGUAUAUCCCCACUUUGGCGUUUUAUUCUCCCAUCAGGAUGGUGAGAUCCUUUCUUUGGCACUUCGCUUUGAUUGAUUGCAGCCCCUCAUAGAACUGAUCUUUAUUGCCGUCGUUGCUAUCAUUGGUGGGUGCAUAACAUUGGAUAACGUUCGUCGUAAUUCCCUUUUUCUUUGUUUUGAAGGAUCUUUUGAUGGUACUGGAUCCGUGAGAUUCCCAUCCUACAAGUGCAUUACGUGCUUCUUUGGAUAGUAUCAAAGCAACUCUCUGAGUGUGUGGAGCAGUUACCUCUUCUUGGCCAGAGUACAGCAGCAUCUCUCCCGUAUCUAGCCUUUUAUGUCCAGCUUGGGUCCAAUGGGUUUCGCUGAUUCCGAGUACUACCAAGUUGUAUCUCCUCAUUUCCGUUGCUAUUUGACUGGUCUUCCCGGUCUUCAACAUUGUCUGGGCGUUCCAUGUACCUAUGAAAAUUGUUGCUCUGGUUGUUAGAAGGGGCACCGGCCUCGUGACUUCCGAAGAAUCUCGGCUUUCAUCAUGAGGCGUCAUAGUUCUUCCUUCAACUCCUAGGGCAUAUUUUAAGUGGUUGAAUUUGUUUAAUCUGGUUAGCGUUGUUUUAAAAGAUUUUUUCUACGGGAUGGGGUUACCGACACCACACCCAACCCUCCUCCUUUACCCGGGCUCGGGGCCGGCAGUAACUCUAGAAAAGCUACAGGCGGAGUUCUUUGAAACAAGCUUCAUGAAUUAAAUAAUCCUCAUUUUCACUUUUAGGCUCAACGUGACUAUUUUGGAGCCCAUCAAUUUGAAAAAACUGAUAAUCCAGGCACGUUUAUUCAUGUCGACUGGACAGGUCAUGGCGGUUCAGCAGCUUCCACUACAUAUCAGGUUUAAUUCUUAACAAAUUUUGUGAUAUUUAAUCGUAUCUAUAUUAUUUAAUUAGAAAAUGAAGGAACUUCUACAAAUUAUCACGUUUUCAAAAUUUCUUUUUAUGAACGUUUGUCAGAAAUAAUUUCAUAGAUAAAAAAAUGUAUUCUUAGAAUGAUUUGUACAGGUUAUUUCUCAUAUCACACCUAAUAAAUUACACUCUAGUAGCCGUC